UAACCCCGCCCCUCCGCGCCCCGCCCCCUCUGGGCAGUUAUUAGAGUCACUUCUCUCUUUUUCUUUCUCUCUUCACUCCUGCAGGAAUCAUGUUGGGUUUUGGAUUAAAGUCGCUGUUUGUGUAUCUGCUGCUGUUUCCGGCCGCGCUGCUCUCCGGAGGUCGAGUUUACGCCGAACCUGAAGCUGAAGUGAUAGAUGAAGCACCAGAUGGAGCAGUGGAAGAGGAGGAGGAGGAUGAAGAGGAAGAGGAAGUUCUGGUGGAAGAACCUCAAAUAGGAGAUGGGGACGUGGAUGAUGCUAAUGAUUUAGAUGAAGAUUCUCAUCCUGCAGAUGUGACGUCUCACCCUGACGCAGACACCACCAUCAUCUUCGUCACAGGAGAAGAGUUUCCAGCCAAUGAGAUAGUGAAGUUUCUGGUUGGUUUCAGUAAUAAAGGCAGUCAGGACUUUACAGUUCGCUCUCUCGAAGCAUCGUUCCGUUAUCCACAGGAUUACCAGUUCUACAUCCAGAACUUUACGGCUCUGCAGCUGGAUACCGUGGUGCAGCCGGAGAGACAGGCUUCAUUUGAGUACUCGUUUAUUCCCGCUCAGCCAAUGGCCGGUCGUCCGUUCGGUCUGGUCAUCCUGCUCAACUACCACGACGCUGAGGGAAAUGCUUUCCAGAGCGCCAUUUUUAACCAGACGGUGACGAUAACUGAACUGGACGAGGGCCUGGACGGAGAGACGAUGUUCAUGUACAUCUUCCUUGGUGGUUUGAUCUUCCUGAUGCUCUUCGGCAUGUAUCAGGUGCUGGAGUCCCGCACGAGGAAGCGAAUGCCGGUCAAGGUUGAAACAGGAACAGGAGGGUUGAACGACGUGGACAUCAGCUGGAUUCCACAGGAAACUCUCAACAUCAUGAGUAAAGCAUCUCCGAGAGCUUCACCAAGAAAACGUGCCACAAGGACAGCAGGUGCUACAGAUCAAUAACAACAACAACAACAUCUACAAACAUCCACCACCACCAUCACCACCUCCACAUCAUCACAUUUCAGCAGGUCUACCUUCAUUUCUCUCUCACGCUUUUCCUAAAUGGACUGAACGGCUGUGAAAUCUUCUCCUCCACAUUUCUGAAGAAGAAGCAGCAGCUCCACUGGACUUCUGAUGGAUCUUCUAAAGUGGAACUAGAAGGUGUCAUCACGGGCUCCAUCUCAAACCACAGAACCGUGCAAAGGAGUGUGCUGGAAUACAACAACGGAGUUCCGUUCAGGACGCAGCCCAUGGAGAAGCUCAGCAGUGUUCAUGUGUCACACCACAGACAGGAAGAAACACACUCCAGUGUCAGGAGCAGGGGUCAGGAUUAAUGAGGAACAAAUUUAAAUCUUAAAAGAACAAGAUUAUAAACACCACAAAUACCCAAACAAGUGUAAAUGUUCAGAGUGUUAGUGUUUCCAGUGUUCAAAGACCUGAGCAUACAGCUGUGUGUGAGAGGAAAUGAUCAGAGCGCUAAACUAGGGGGCUUUCAAUAUCUGUUAGCUACAUUAGCCUUAACUUUCAAUAUCUGUUAGCUACAUUAGCCUUAGCUUUCAAUAUCUGUUAGCUACAUUAGUCUUAGCUUUCAAAUAUCUGUUAGCUAUAUUAGCCUUAGCUUUCAAUAUCCGUUAGCUAUGUUAGCCUUAGCUUUCAAUAUCCGUUAGCUAUGUUAGCCUUAGCUUUCAAUAUCUGUUAGCUAUGUUAGUCUUAGCUUUGAAUAUCUGUUAGCUAUGUUAGCCUUAGCUUUCAAUAUCUGUUAGCUAUAUUAGCCUUAGCUUUCAAUAUCUGUUAGCUAUAUUAGCCUUAGCUUUCAAUAUCCGUUAGCUAUAUUAGCCUUAGCUUUCAAUAUCCGUUAGCUAUGUUAGCCUUAGCUUUCAAUAUCUGUUAGCUAUAUUAGCCUUAGCUUUCAAUAUCUGUUAGCUAUGUUAGCCUUAGCUUUCAAUAUCUGUUAGCUAUGUUAGCCUUAGCUUUCAAUAUCUGUUCGCUACCUUAGCCUUAGCUUUCAAUAUCUGUUCGCUACAUUAGCCUUGUAGCUUUGUUGUAAAACUAGAAGCAGCAUUUACACACUGAACACAUCUCUGACCUUUCACUGGACCGAACAUGACAGAAUGAUAAAAAAUGGACCAAAUUCUCAAGAGCAGAAACUCCAUGUAUUAUUAUUAUUAUUAUUAUUAUUAUUAUUACAGAGAUAGUGCCAUAAAAACCUGUGAGAUGAACACUGCCUUGAAAGUGUGUGUGUGUGUGUGUGUGUGUGAUAAACCUCUCAGAGCCGCUGGUGCUGCUGAAGCAUCUGUAAUAAAGUGUGAAACUGUUUGUA